CUAAAAAGCACACAAAAAAUUAAUCACUUCGUCGACGACAAUUGAAUCCGAAUCCUUCCUCAACAGAAGCCCUAAUUUCUCUAUAGCUGACAAAACCCUCCUCUGCUUUUGACGACAUCGAUCGGCACAUCGCAUUCCUCCUCUUCAUCGCCUGUACGACUGCUAGCAUCUGGUCGUCCUUAACCUUCUCACGACACCUUCUCAUCUACUGCAGAUUCAUUUCCCACUGCUCAGCCGGAACAUCACUGCUCCGCUCGUCAUUACUUACCACGCAAGCUCUAGAUUAGACAACAGCUUCUCCACCUUGUCACCACCGCGCCGGCUCCAAAAUCCUCACGGCUCCAGCGUCUAGACCAGACCACCACUACUCUGCCUCUGUUGUCACACUUCUGGUCUAUAGCGCCUGCGGCUUGCUGAUUAUUUAUGUAGCUGUAAGUUUUUCUUUUUGUUGCUUAGGUCGUUAGGUUGGCGAGGCUUGCUGAUUAUUUCUCUAGCUGUAAGUUCUCUUAUCCCGUUGCUCAGUCAGUUAGGUAGGUUGUCGAGUUCUUUAGUUUUUGAUGAAGUAAUUCUGAUAGAAUAGAGAUUUGGAGUUGCUAGUGGCGAAUGGUGAUUUGAUAUUAUAGUUGAACUUAGUUAUUUUUACUUAACUACAACAGAAUAUUUGAUAGAUUUGAGAUUUCAACUGAAUUUAGUUACUUGUACUGGAUAUUUGGGUUUGAUUUGAUGAUGAACUGUGUUUUAGUUGGUGAUUUGGUAUGCAGUUGAUAUGAAAUUGAUGAUAAAGUUUGAAUUAAUAGGUAUUUGGCUUCCCAAGUAUGUCUAGGCUCUAGCAGCGGUAUACAAUGAAUGCUUCAUCAAGUUCUAACAGUAAAAUGGAAAACAAAUAUAGCUGGGAAUCGUGUUGAUCAUGGGGUGGAAUAUGCUAUAGAUGUUAAACUUAAACUCGUUUGUGAGAAUUUGGAUUCUUAAACUCGUUUAUGAGUUAUGAUCUAUGCUAGAGUGUUAUAUUCAGAUUCUGGGCCUCACUUUUACUUUCUACAGGGUGCUUGUUAAUUUGCUGGGAUCGCUUGUUCUGUCUAAAAAGAUGGUCUCUCUCUCCCUCUCUCUCUCUCUCUCUCUCUCUCUCUCUCUCUCUCUCUCUCUCUGUUUCUCUCUUGUACUUAGUGUAUGUUUAGCCAUGGGAAUUCAUUGUCCGAGCCCGAAAGGAAAAGGAAAUAAGCUGUUGCCAAUAUCUGUUUGGCUCAACGUGUGCAUUAUUUCCUUGAUCCUGCAACAGAAGUGGGGAUUGAAAAAGAUUGCUGUUUGAUUGAGCACUUCUACUAUGCUAUAUAGUAUUGGUGUUUUAAUGUACAACUCAAACUUGUACCAUAACAUUAAAUGUAUAAGUUUAGGUUGUACCAUAAAGCAAUUUGUAUCAUUAUGUUAUGGUACAAUUUUACAUCUUGAAGUUGUACCAUCACAUAAAGGUACAAGUUCAAGUUGUACCAUAAAAGAAUUUGUACAAAAAGUAUAGGUACAAUAUGAAGUUGUACCAUAACGUAAAUGUACAAUUUUAAGUUGUACCAUAAAGGCAAAAACCUAUAGCACCAAUACUAUAUAGCAUUGUAAAAUUUCUCCUGUUUGAUUUUGUUACUUUCUGUUUUCUGCUCUACGUCCAUUGUUCAGGAUAGGAAACCGUGUCCCUCUAGUAGGAUACUAGUUUGCUUUGUGGGUAAGACGAUCUAAUGGUUCACUCUCUGUUGCAGCUUCCUCUUUCGCUAUUGAAGACGGCACAAGGCCAUCCCAUGGUAGGGUGCCUCCCACCUUUUUGGAUUUCAGCAUUCUUGCUGGAUUUUCUUGUUUGUUGGGUUUUGUUACCGUUUUCAUUCUUUACUGCAGGUUGUAAUUCAUGUUGGUUUAUGAUGUCACAGUUGGUUGAGCUUAAAAAUGGGGAAACUUACAAUGGACAUUUGGUCAACUGUGAUACUUGGAUGAACAUCCAUCUUCGAGAAGUUAUCUGCACCUCUAAGGUAUCUCUCUUUGCUCUUAGUGUGAAAGGUUGCGUGCUCCAGAAGGUCUGGAAUUAGUGUCAUGCUUCUAUCUUCUAAUUUUGUUUUCCAGGAUGGAGACAGGUUUUGGCGUAUGCCUGAAUGCUACAUACGUGGAAAUACCAUCAAGUAUCUCCGGGUUCCUGAUGAGGUAUUAUAUGACUAAUUUUUCUCCAUAAUUGGCAGUUGAGGAUGUUGCUAAUCUAUUUGUUCACAUAUUGUCAAACUAGUGCUCUUCCUCUAGGUGGCUUUCAGGAUGGUGUUAUUUUCUGAAUGUGCCUUUUUCUCUGGAUUAGUUGCAAUGGUUCAUUCUGAUAAAUUAUCUGUUUAGCUUAACUUUAUUCAAGUAAAAUGAAAUUCCUGAUAGAUUAUUUCUGGUCCUUGAUACUUGAUUAUCAAUUUGAUUCUUACACGCAAGGUGCUGACAUGAAACUCAAAAUUAAAAUCGGAAAUCCUAGCUAUCUUCAGGAAUGUAAAUCUAAUGGUGUAACUUGCUGCGAAGAAAUUGAGGUGUAUGGCUGUGAUAUUUUAAACUUCAGAAAUUGGAAGUUCAAAUCCUUUUGCUUCUUCCCAAAUAUAGAUCUAUUAGUACUAUUGAAUGGAGACUUUUUUCCCCUGAUAAGUGACUGAACUUUUUGAGGCGCAUGGAAUAUAGCCGAAAGGAAGUCUGUGCCGUUUUCUUUUGAGUUUGUCAUCUUUGUUUCAUGUGUAUUGAAUAAUUAUAUGAUUGAGGAUUACUACUGCCAGAUAUUGCUAGCGUUUCGCUGCCAUGUAUUUGAGAUGAGCUUUGCCAUGUGUUUGCAAUUUAAAAUAGCUAAUGUAAAUCUGUGGCCACUUUUGCUCUCAUGACGCUUGCUUUUUUAUUAUUUUCCAGGUCAUUGAUAAAGUUCAGGAAGAAACAAAAACCCGCUCAGGUAUGAUUGCACUUAGAUAAGCUGUGUGAGCAUUAUUCAACCAAACUUGUAAUGAUGUCGACAUAGGUUCUGAUGCUUCUUUUGAAAAAGAGGUUCCUGAAGUGCUAUUGUUCGAAAUAGGUAGUGGUUUGAUUCGGACAUAUCACAUAUAUGAUCUCUGUUGAAUGCACAUGACCCUUACAUAUCUCUCACCCCACCGAGGGAACAAUUUGCUACAUACUUUUGUGCUGAGUGCUGAAUUCGGUAUGCUGCAUACACUGCUUGUCUAGAAAGCACUUUCUGGUGGUUUUCCUAAUCGGCUGAAUUUGCUAAUCAGAUCGAAAGCCGCCUGGAGUUGGACGUGGUAGAGGGAGGGGUCGAGAAGAUGGUGCCGGCGGAAGGGCUCCAAAGGGUGUUGGCCGUGGGCUCGAUGAUGGGGGUGCCAAGGGUCUGGGUGGAGGGCGUGGAAAAGGUGGUCCUGGUGGGAAGCCUGGCGGAAGCAGAGGUCCAGUUAGAGGACGUGGUUGAUCCGUUGAAACGAUGGCUAAACGCCCAGGGGGGAGGGGCUAGCUUGCUUGCUUGCUACUUUUUCGAAGCAUUUGGCAACCUGCCUGCACUGUCAAUCCGUCAAGAGUUCUUUUGGUAGAAUGCUAUACAAUGAUGCAUGUUGUGAUUUUCUCGUGUUUCUUCUCUUUUGUAAUUUAAGGGUCUCCACCAACCAAGUCUCAAUGUUCCGCUUAGGGAAAACACGACCAAGCCUAAUGUGGUUCGUAUCCAAUUGCCAACCCUAACCCAUGGGUUUAUUUUGGUCAAUUCUCCAAUCGAUUGUUUGGAUGUCGCAACUCUUCCCUCUUUUGUCCCUGAAAUUUAGUCAUCCUUAUAUGCUCCUUCAUCCUACAUUGCAUUGUUGUCCAUAAUAACACCCUGACCACAGUCCCAUUUUUGGUCUCACACAAGUAGGAAUUUAGGAUUCCAAUUCAAAUGAAUGCAAAUUGGCAAC